AUGGGUUUGUCAGCAUCUACUCCUGCUUUUGCAGUUCAGACCCCAAAAGCUUCAGAUCAUCAGACAGCAUCACCACCUUCAGGAUGCCCAAUGCAUGAAAGGAAGAGUCAAGGCUGUCCAGUAAGUGAGGAACCAUCCAGUCCAACUAGUGACAGCAAAACUUACUCUGUGCCUGCCCACCAGGAUCCAGCGUACGAGUAUGUGGAGUGCUCCUUUACCCGUGCCAGGGCUGAUAAGGAGAACCUGGAUCCUUCAAACCUGAUGCCACCACCUAAUCAAACACCAGCCCCAGAGCAGCCGUUUGCUUUGUCUACCAUCAGAGAAGAAUCAUCCAUUGCAAGAGCAGACUCGGAGAAAAAGUGGGUCUACCCUUCGGAACAGAUGUUCUGGAAUGCAAUGUUAAGGAAAGGGUGGAGGUGGAAGGAUGAGGAUAUUAGUCAGAAAGAUAUGUAUAACAUCAUAAAGAUUCACAAUCAGAAUAACGAGCAGGCCUGGAAGGAGAUUUUGAAGUGGGAAGCCCUUCAUGCUGUGGAGUGUCCUUGUGGUCCCUCAUUGAUCCGAUUCAGAGGGAAAGCAAAGCAGUAUUCACCAAGGGCCAGAAUUCGUUCCUGGAUGGGGUAUGAGUCGCCUUUUGACAGGCAUGAUUGGAUCAUCGACCGCUGCGGGACGGAAGUUAGAUACGUGAUCGAUUACUACGAUGGUGGCGAUGUGAACGAGAACUACCAGUUCGCCAUCCUGGAUGUGCGCCCCGCCUUGGAUUCGCUUUCUGCUGUGUGGGACAGAAUGAAGGUUGCUUGGUGUCGCUGGACGUCAUAACCAAUGUUUUGUUUGUGAUGGAAAAAUAUAAACUAUUUUUUUCUGAAGGGUACAUUAUACAAUUUCCCUGAGUCCCACUCAUGAUUUAAGAAGAGUUUGAAAUGGGCAGACACAUUUCAUCGUUUACUUAGUGAGAGGCACCCUCUCCAUUAACCUCUGAGUCCUGUUGGCCUUGCACUCCGUAGCAGACCAUUUUAAGUUUUCCUCCCGCUUCAUUCAGGUGGGCAGCAGUCUUUUGGCUUUCCCUUUAACUUCGCUAUUGCUUGUUUAGUUCGUC